AUGGCCAGCCUGGAAACUAUCGUGGUGAUAGGCGCAGGUGUAAUUGGCCUCUCAACUGCCCUGUCCAUCCAGGAGCAUCUGAGUAGCACGCAAUCCGUGCUUCUGGUAGCCCGAGACUUUCCCUCGGACACCUCCAUCAACUACGCCUCACCAUGGGCAGGAGCGCACUAUCGUCCGGUGCCAGGAUCCUCGCCCCAGGCACUGCGAGAAGCCAACCAAGCACUGCGGACAUUCAACUACCUCAAGCAAAUUGCCGCUGACGAACCAGCGGCUGGCAUCAACUUCGUGAAAGGCAUUGAGCACCUGGAAGCACCGCCGCCAGAAUACCUGGAUAAGCCGAGCGUGCAGAAUGUCUACCAUUUUGAAGAUUUCCGUUCUUUAACAACCGAUGAAAUCCCCGCUGGUGUGAAAUGGGGAGUCGAAUAUGGCACAUAUGUGAUCAACUCUCCUGUAUAUUGCGCACACAUGCUGCGCAAGUUCAUCGUGAAGGGUGGCAGAACCCAGCAAUACACCCUCGUGAAUAUCAAAGAGGCGUUUGCGCUCGCCGACAAUGUCAAGACGGUGGUGAACUGCUCCGGGACUGGCUUCGCGGACCCAAAGUCCUUCAUCAUCAGAGGCCAAACUUGUCUGGUUCGCAACCCUGUCUCCGCAACAAUCACCCGCCAGAACGAAGACGGAACAUGGUCCUUCUGCAUCCCGCGCCCGCUAGACGGUGGCACCGUCAUCGGCGGAACCAAGCAACCCCACGACUGGGACCCGAACCCGUCCCCCGAAAUCAGAGCCCAACUCCUCAGCAACGCCUCGAAAUGGUUCCCCUUCACCGCCGAAAGCAAGGGCCAGUUCGACGUCGUUCGAGACAUCGUGGGGCGCCGACCCGCCCGUGAAGGCGGGAUGCGGAUCGAAGUGGAGCAAGUCGAGGACAGCAAGAGCAUUGUGCACGCCUAUGGCGCUGGUGGACGUGGAUUCGAACUGUCGCGGGGUGUUGCGGAGGAUGCGACGGCGUUGAUGCUGGAGAGUGGACUCUUGCGGGUCCAAGCCAAAGCAACUUUGUAG